AUGAUCUUAAAUUUCCAUCAGUGCUCCCUGUGUGGGAAAAGCUUCAACCAAUGCUCCAAUCUAGUCCAGCACCAGCGCAUCCACACAGGGAAGCCAUAUCGAUGCCUUGAGUGUGGGAAGAGAUUUACCUACUCCUCCCACCUGGGUCAGCAUCAGCGCAUCCACACAGGGGAGAAGCCAUAUUGGUGCCCUGAGUGUAGGAAGAGCUUUGCCCAGUCUUCCAGUCUGGCUCAGCACCAGCGCACCUGCACAGGGGAAAAACCCUAUCAUUGCUCCAUGUGUGGGAAGAGCUUCAGCAUGUCCUCCUACCUAACCAGGCACCUGCACAUCCACACACGGGAGAAGCCAAAUAAGUUCUCUGUAUGUGGAAAUAACUUUACCCGAUCCUACACCCUAGCCCAGCACCAGCGCAUCCACACAGGAGAGAAACCAUAUCAGUGCCUUGAGUGCGGGAAGACCUUCACCCAGUCUUGUAGCCUGACCCUGUACCGGCGCAUCCACACAGAUGAGAGACCGUAUCAGUGUCCUGAGCGUGGAAAAAGCUUUAUCAAGUCUUCCAGCCUGGGCCUGCACCAGCCCAUCCACAGAGGGGAGAAACCACAUUGGUUCCAGAGAGUGAAAAGGCUGCUGGACAAGAAGCAGCAGCCUCCUGAGGAAGGGCCUGUAAACCUGGAGCUGCAGAGGACUUCCCCAGGGAGAUGGGGAGAGAGGGGCUCCCUGGCACCUGAGCUGGGCCCGGGCAGGCCUUCAAAGCAGGGGGAGAGCAUGGAGAUCCUGGAGGCCUUUGAGGACGUGGCUGUGUAUUUUACGCGGGAGGAGUGGGAGCUGCUGGAAGAUGAAAGCAAGGGGCUUUACCGGGACCAGAUGCUGAGGAAUUACCAAGCCCUUGUUUCCCUGGGAUACCGAGGUCCCGUGCCUGACUUAAUCUGCUGCAUCCAGCAAGAAAAGGUGGAGCUGUGGGUCUGUGCUGAGGAGCACCAUGGGGAAAUCUCAAGGUGGGAGGACCUGCCGCCAGGAGGUGCCUGGCUGCUGAGCAGAACUGAGGUGCAGUGUCCUGCGGAAGGCUCUGCAAACCUAGAGCCAGUACUGACUUCCCCGGGGAGUUUGGGUGAGAUGGAUGUGCUGCGACCUGAGCAGAAGCAAUGGCACAAGAGUCAAUGGUGGCUCCAAACGCUGGAUAAUGUAGUGGUAAACCAGGUCCCAUCUCCAACUAGGUAUGAGAGUGGAGAAGGGAGAGAAGCCAGAAAGAGCCCUGGGUGCAAGGAAGAAACUGUGGAGUUGAGAGUCCUGGAGAGCCACAUGUCAAAGGUCCACUUCAGACAGAGACGGUCACGUCAGUGCCCUGACUGUGGGAAGAGCUUCACCCGAUCCUCCAGCCUGACCCGACACUGGCGCAUCCACACAGGAGAGAAGCCAUAUCGGUGCUCUGAAUGUGGGAAGAGCUUUGCCCAAUCAUGCAACCUGGUCCACCACCAACGCGUCCACACAGGGGAGAAGCCGUAUCGAUGCCCUGUGUGUGGGAAGAGCUUCACCCAGUCCUCUAGCCUGGGCCUGCACCAGCUUCUCCACACAGGGGAGAAGCCACACUGGUGCCCUGAAUGUGGGAAGAGCUUCAUCCAGUACUGCAGGCUGGCUGAGCACCAGCUUAUCCACACAGGGGAAAAGCCAUAUGAGUGCUCCCCAUAUCGAUGCUCCGUGUGUGGGAAGAGCUUCACCCGAUCCUACACUGUGUUUCAGCACCAGCGCAUCCACACAGGGGAGAAACCAUAUCUGUGCCUUGAGUGUGGGAAGAGCUUUACCUAUUCUUCCAGCCUGGCUCUGCACCAGCGCAUCCACACAGAGGGACGGUCACAUCAGUGUCCCGAGUGUGGGAAAUGCUUCAACCGAUCCUCCCAACUGACUGGACACUGGCGCAUCCACACAGGGGAGAAGCCAUAUCAGUGCUCUGUGUGUGGGAAAAGCUUUGCCCAGUCCGGGAACCUGGUCCACCACCAGCGCGUCCACACAGGGGAGAAGCCGUAUCAAUGCCCUGUGUGUGGGAAGAGCUUCACCCAGUCCUCUAGCCUGGGCCUGCACCAGCGCCUCCACACAGGGGAAAAGCCACAUAGGUGCUCUGAAUGUGGGAAGAGCUUCAUCCAGUACUGCAGGCUGGCUGAGCACCAGCUUAUCCACACAGGGGAAAAGCCAUAUGAGUGCUCUGUGUGUAGGAAGAGCUUCAGCACACCCACCUACCUGACCAGGCACCAGAGCAUCCACACACGGAAGAAGCCACAUCGAUGCUCCGUGUGUGGGAAGAGCUUCACCCGAUCCUACACCUUAUUCCAGCACCAGAGCGUCCACACAGGGAAGACACCGUAUCAGUGCCUUGAGUGUGGGAAGAGCUUUCCCUAUUCUUCUAGCCUGCGUGUGCACCGGCAUGUCCACACAAAGGAGAAGCCACAUUGAAACUUCAUGUAUGGGAAGGUUUCAUCCUGUCCUCCUACCUGGCCUAGCACCAGUUCAUCCACACCCAGAAGCAUCCAUAAUUUUCCCAGCAAUGCAAGACAGGCUUAGGAAUGUCUGCCUGCUCAGCAUCCUGGAGUGGCUGCAUUCAGUCAAACGGCAUCAUGCUGGCAGAGUGCAGAAAGAGUUCACUGAGCCUUUGGCACUUGUAGGGCACUUUAGAACCCAAAGAAGCCAGAAGCUGGCCCCAAGGUUUCAUUGCUGGGGAGGGACUACGACGGGGGCAGGCAGUUAUUUCAGGUGGAGGGCCGAUUACUGAGUUUUGGCAAGCCAUCAGGGGCCGCAUGACAGGUAGCCAGAGGCAGAUAAAUAUUAAUUUUCUACAUUUUUAGGGGCCCUGUGAGCUGAAUAAAAUGGCCUGGCAGACCACAUCUUGCACACCCCUGGACUAAGAGGAAGCACUUUAGGCAGAGGCCAGCCCAGACCCUGGGGGAACCUAUGAAGAGAAGAUCUUUGUAUUAGGCUUCGUGCGCCUGUGCCUUCCACUUCAUUCUCUAAGAGCAGCCAGUGCUCCCAGGGGAAGUAGUGCCAUCAUAAUAGGGUGCCUUCCCCAAGUCACAUGGCUCCAAGUGACACCCAGGGACUGUCCUUGGCCACUUCCCAGCUUCGCCCUUCAUCUUGGUCCCAGGUUUCUGGUAUGUGAAGCCCUUAGUUGCCGGAAGGAGGAUAUUUAUGGCUGGGGAAGCAUUUCCUGCUCUCUAUCCUGACCUUACCUUUUCUUCCCACUCCAUAGCCGCUUUCCCAGGCCUGCUCAUGCCCAUCGUGUGUUUGCAAGGAGCUGAUGCCACCCCCCCGAGCUCCAUUUGCCAGGUAUUGCUUUUCAGCCUCUUUCCAGGACACUGCACCACUGGUUGCCUGGUGCUCCCCCUUCCCUAAAGGGAUCUUCACUGCCUUCUCUGUAACAGGGAGUCUCUGCUAAGGAAGCACCAGAAGUGAACAUGCUAUCCCUGUGGACGGUUUCUGUUUCCUGUCCAGAGCUGCGCGAUAGGAACAGACCAGGGCCCCAAACCCUUUCCAGGGUAGGUAUCUCUCUGAUUUCCCAGCCCCUUCCCUUUCCAGAAGAUUCACCAUAAUCCAAUGGUUGCUAACCCUGGGAAGAGGAGAUGGUCACACUUGAAGCUUUUCUGCCAUGUUUUGCUGUGCAACAAGAACCCUGCACGUUUGGAGGAACUUCUGGCCAGGGUCAGUAGGGUCCCUUUUCUGGGGGUAGCAGGGCUAAGAAGGUGCAGCAUGUGGCAGGUCCAGCCUCCCCUAUGGAGGGGUGGGGAAAGUGUGGUCAUCCCCUAGGUGAACUGCAGAAUGUUGUAUCCUGUAAUGAAGCUGAAGCCGCCCUACUAGUGUCAAAGCUCUUUGGCUUUAAGUGUCCUGUAGGGGCUACUCUGAGGUUAAUAUCCUAUCAUUGAGCACACUCAUUCAUCUCUUCUUUACCCUUCUUCACCCUGGCUUCUUUACUUUUCAUUCCAUCCAGGAAGAGCACACACCAACUGCUGACACUUCCUUAGCCUGACGAAGGGUUUUUGAACCCGAAAGCUUGCUUAAUAACUAUUCUCCAACUAUUUGGGUUGGUCUAAUAAAAGAUAUCAAAUUCACCCAAGGAACCUUGUCUGCCUGUGUCCUUAGACCAACACAGCUACAACCUACACCCCUGCCUCAUUCAUCUCUCUAAUUCUCUUUGCUGAUUUUCCCCAGUGUACAAAGUUGCCCCCAGUUUCCGUAUAUUACAGUGCUUAAGAAAAUAACCUUGUGACUUUUGAAUGACUUUUUGGAAAGGGGCCUGGUUUAUCUUGUUGGAGACAGCCACAAGAAGAAGGGAGGAAAUGGGAACCUUUGACAUGUUUGGAAGGUGCCCGUUACUGG